CGUUGAGCCUGUUUCUCCUCUUUCAAAGAACAUAAAGGAUCUGAUGAAAAAAAAGGCGAACUUGCCUUCAAUUGUCCGAGCCUCACGUCAUGGAAAGAGUUACUUUGUUGCAGCGCGCACAGGAAUAAAGUCCAGGAGCCAACAGACACCGCGGAGCGUGUUGAUACCCGGAGCUCAGGAUUGUUUUGGUUGUUUGUUUUGCUGUUUGUGAAACGAGAAGGAUCGACCGAAGAUGCGCAGGAACCUGUUUACAAGGAAAACGUAGCAAGUUUCAGUCUGAGGGAAUGCGGUGCAGGCUCAGAGUGCACAGGGAUACCAUUACUCAUCCCUCUGUUUUUCUUCUCGCCGGACCACUUGGUCUUGGGAAUAGUUUCAUCACGGAUCAUUUUUAGGCUCCGUAAUGAGAAAGAAGUGUUCAGUAAGUGGAAGACGCGAGAUUUCAGUCCAGUUUCAGAGGAUUAAAACUACCGUCGGUGCGUUUUGAGGAGAUCUUUGGUGAAAACAGUUUUUGGUUUUGAACCUGUUGUGUUUGUGAUGCGAAAUGAGGUAGAGAGUCCUCCUGCUGUGAGGGAUUUAUCUUUUCAUAGAGCUUUUGUAGGCUGACGUUACUGCUAGAGCUGAAGUAAAACACAAUAAUAGAUCAGCAGCCUCAAUGGGCUGAGAACAGACACUUUCUUUGCGGAUAGAAGGCACUGUUUUAUGUAACUGUUAGAGUCAGAUCAUUUAGUUUACACAGGCCAUCCAGCGCUGCUGCACACCUGAUCCAACAGCUGCCAUGUCAUUUGAGAGGAGUUUAAAUAUUACAGUGAGCUAGUGUCAAAUGUUUCCAAUACAGCAUGCACCGUGACAGUAGCAUCAGUUUAAUCUAGGCACUAUGUGCAUAUAGAGUUUUCUGCUUUAGGACCCACUGGAGUUUCAAGAUGUCAGUGAAAGCCAAAGCCAUCUACACUUUUCUAAGUGAAAACAAAGAGGAGAUCAGCAUCCAGGAGAACGAAGUUCUGGUGAUCUUUGAUGAGAACUCUGUGGACGGCUGGUACCAGGGAGAGAACAGUCGAGGGGAGAGGGGUCUCUUUCCUGCAUCUUAUGUGCAAAUUAUCCGCACUCGCUCAAACUCUAACGUGACCGACUGCUCCAUCAGCCCGGCAGGCUCUUUAGGAAACGACUCCUCAUUCUUCCCGUCCACCCCAAAUACUCCUCUUCAUUUGCAGCCGAGUUACUAUGACGAUGACGACGACGACUGGGAUGACUGGGAUGACAGAUCCACAGUGGUGGAUGAUUCUGAUCCUGCUAGGAGUCCUGGAGCCAAUGGACAUGCCAAUCAGAGCCCGCUGUCCAACAACCCCAAUGUGCACUAUCGGGCUAAGACUCCAUCUGGACAGGACAGCAUCUCCAGCUCCAGGAAGGGCAGCAUGGUGGGCAGGAACUUGAACCGAUUUUCCAGCUUCGUCCGCUCAGGGGUCGAGGCAUUUGUGCUCGGUGACGUCCCCAUGAUGGCAAAGAUAGCUGAGUCGUACACCAUUGAGAUGGGUCCCCAGGGGCCCUGGUGGAAGGACAACCCACAGCCAUUCUCCUGCUCCAUUGAAGACCCCACCAAACAGACAAAGUUCAAGGGCAUCAAGACCUACAUUUCAUACCGGGUCACGCCAAGCCACACGGGGCGUCCAGUAUACAGACGCUACAAACACUUUGACUGGCUGUAUAACCGUUUACUGCACAAGUUCACUGUGAUCUCUGUUCCCCACCUGCCUGAGAAGCAGGCCACGGGGCGCUUUGAGGAAGACUUCAUCGAGAAGCGAAAGAGGCGACUGAUACUGUGGAUGAACCACAUGACCAGUCACCCAGUCCUCUCCCAGUACGAAGGCUUUGAGCACUUUCUGAUGUGUGCUGACGACAAGCAGUGGAAACUGGGCAAGAGACGGGCAGAGAAGGACGAGAUGGUGGGCGCACAUUUCAUGCUGACACUCCAAAUCCCCAACGAGCACCAGGACCUUCAGGAUGUUGAGGAGCGGGUCGACAACUUCAAGGCCUUCACGAAGAAAAUGGACGACAGCGUGAUGCAGCUGACACACGUUGCCUCAGAGCUGGUGCGUAAACACCUGGGUGGAUUCAGGAAGGAGUUCCAGCGCCUGGGAAACGCCUUCCAGUCCAUCAGCCAGGCUUUCAUGCUGGACCCUCCCCAUAGGUCAGACACCCUCAACAACGCCAUCUCCCAUACAGGCCGCACCUAUGAGAACAUUGGAGAGAUGUUUGCAGACCAACCUAAGUAUGACCUCUUCCAUAUGCUGGAUAAGUUGUCGCUCUACCAAGGCCUGCUCGCCAACUUCCCCGACAUCAUUCAUCUACAGAAAGGCGCCUUUGCCAAGGUGAAGGAGAGCCAGCGGAUGAGUGAUGAAGGGAAGAUGGACCAGGACGAGGCCGACGGCAUUAGGAAACGCUGCCGGACUGUGGGGUUCGCCCUCCAAGCAGAAAUGAGCCACUUCCAUCAGCGGCGGGAGGUGGACUUCAAAGACAUGAUGCAGGCCUACCUCAGGGAGCAGAUAGCCUUUUACCAGCGUGUUGUCCAGCAACUGGAGCGCACCCUGCGCAUGUACGACUGUUUGUAAAGACACCAAACUGCUUUCUGGGUCAAGAUGCCAAAAAAAAAAAAAAACACAGAAGAAGAAAUGGAACAUUCAAGUCUUGACUCCUUCAUUAAGGCGCUUUGUUCAGUUUGAAAGACUUCAGACGAAUUAAGCAGUAGUUACUGGAAAGACAUUUAAAGCCAGUCAGUCUUUCACUUUGAUGGAUUCAAAGUCUUUUUUCUUGUUUUCUUUUUUUUUUUUUUUUUUUAAAGAACCUACUGUAUCUUUUAUUUCUAAAAUACACACCACAUCAGCAAUGUCACAGCAUAUUGUUUAUUUUACAUAAUUUAAGGUGUUUGUAACUUUAAAGUAAGAUUAUAGGUUUCAAAUUCAUAGUGGAUCUUUAGUUGAUCGUUCUAUAGUGUGACACAUUAAGCCAUGAAACGGGUUCUGUUUUGAAAAUGUCCCCUUGUCUCCCACGUCAUGCACUUUGGCUUCUCCAGGAAUCAAUUCCAGUUACACCCAAAUUCCUUGAGAACAACACAUAUUCUGGUUUAUUUAACAACCUGUAAUAAACAUUCCAGGUGUUUUUAAACCUUUUAGGGGUUUAUUAUAGUCAGUUAAUUUCCUAAUCAGUCCAUUCUGGCCAAACAGGUGCACUGUACACUAAAGUGGAAUUGUACCAUCGUCUUGUCGAGUGCUCAUCUAACUCAGGUGUUCACUUCUUUGAACUUCAUGUUAGUUGUUACAAGUCACAAAUGCCUGUCUUAACUUUGCACCACAUCAAAGUCUUACUAGUAAUGUGUAAUUCAGUUUAUUGAGUUAAUUUUCUUAUUUUUUGUAAAAAAAAAAUGCAGUACGUGUGUUUAAGGCACUGCAGCAUUCUGAUGGAAUAGUUUUACGUGGACCAUUUGUCUGUAGCGUGGCUUGUGUUUUUAUAAGGUGAAUUGUUGGAAUGAGCUGACUUGAGACAAGUUUGCACACAUUUUUAUAUACUAUUUGGUCAUAGUGAGUGGGAGUGUUUAUGCUGUGUGGGUGAACGAGUGUAAUGAGUCAAGAGCCGUGCAGAUCAGUUCCCUUGUCCGAGGUGGAAAAACAUAAACAUGUGUCUUUAUAUGUAGCAGCAGGUUUGUCUGUAUGUUUUAUGUGAAAAAUGUUCAGAGAGUUGAAGCAGAUCAUGUAGUUGUGAGGCAGAACAUUAACUUUAAUCAUGUGGAUGACACAAGACGAAAUUCUUAUUUCUGUAUCACCCCACUUUGUGUCUAAUUCAUUCUGGAUCAACCAUUUUGAAACAUCUAAUGCACAAAAAUACACAGAAUUCAGAUUGUCUCCAUACUUCAGCCACCACAGCAUAAAGAAAGACAUGUUUGCUUUCUUGCCAUGAGUUUGUUGAGCAGCAUACUCAUGUCCGACUAUGUGUGCAUAUGAAGGGACAGUUAUCAGAUUCUUAGCUUAGCUUAGCUUAGCUUAGCUAAUUGGAAACUUGACAGAACUUGCCUGGCUGGCUACUGCUGUCAAAUUUCAACUAUCUGCUUGUGAAAUACUUAUCAGUUUAAAAAAAAAAAUCUUAAGUCUGUAGAAAAUGUAUCAACUACUAUGAGGUGUUUUGUCACUGCAUCUGGUCAAGAAAUAGUUCAACACAUUACCCAUUGUAAAUCUGUAAAACUCCACAGUUCACUUUCACACUUUUUACAACUUUGUCUUAAAACCUAGUUCAGAGAUCUCAAUCCAUAAAGCGGACUAAGAAAGACAGCAUGCUAAAGGAAGAGGCAGCUGCUAGAAAUGUUAGCAUGACUGCGUUAUCCAUCCUGCUAGAGGACUACAAAGUGGCUCUUUCUGCAAAAUUCAAAAUGGCCACCUCUGCCAUUAAAUCUAAAGUUAACCUGGAGCAAGCGACACUAAUUCAACCAUGUGCACUGUAUCAUUUGGGGUGAAGUCUAAAACCUUGAUUAUGCUUCAUUGCGGAUGCUCACACAGACAGCUGUAGACACCUGUGGGCACAGACUUCUUGUUACUAUGACUCCUAGUUGUUGCUAUUAUGCUACUUUUCUUGUCCAUGGUAGUCCACAUAGAGGACGUCAUUCCGUACAUGAACAGUGGAUCAUGUGUAGUUAUUCACUGCAUGUACAGUACUGCUGAACUUCCAACUACUGGCCUUUUAGCAUAGUCACUGUACAGACUGUGUGAAAGCAAAUUUUAGACAAUAUUAGAAGGGGUUCGCAUGAACGUAAUUUCACAUGACCCGUAGUGGACGGUCUCGCAUUUUCUUCCCCAAGGCAGACUCGAUCAGAAAAUGCCUACAACAAGAACUUAAAACCUCAAGACCUGAAACUGCUGUAACAACAUCUGCAUCCUCAUAUUUUGUUUUCUUUAGAUAGAGCCAGGCUAGAUCUUUCCCUGUGUUUCCAGUUUUAUGCUGAGCUAAACCAAAGUCCUUCUCGAGUGAGUCUCUCCACCUGACAGCCGUGGCCUGCUAUUUUAUGCUAGCAAGACCAGGUCCCUGUCUAAGUUAAUGCAGAGAGAGAUCACUGCGACAAAAAAACUGUAUGUAUAGUAUCACCACUCAAAUCUGACUUAAUAAACUUUGGUGACUUUAUGCCGCUAUACUUCUACUAAGCAGGCAUCAGUGUAGCAACAUGAUUGGCUGGAUGGAUCAACUGUUAUGCAGUAGAUGAUUGGCUGCUUUAGGGUAAGGGUGGGACAUGUGUCAUACAACUGCCAUCUCUGGCUUUAUGGAAUUCUGUCAUAGAUUUCUAUUCAGAAUUCUUGAUGUGUUGAGGUUCUUCUAGGUUAUAACAUAUCAGGCUAAACUAACCAUCUGGCUGUACCCGACUGGUUUUCAUCUAACAUUCUCAAAAUAUAAAACUAUUCCUUUAAAAUAUUCCCUUUACCGUAUAGUUUUUCCAGCUGUGAUUACAAAGUGCUACUUUCUGCCCACUGUUAAGAAACUUCCACAUUCAGAGUGCAAAAUUUUCCACACUUAAUAAGAUUUGAGUGACUGUGAGAAUUCAGGUUCCACUUCUCUCCGCCUGAGCAAGAGGAGCUGCUCAAGUAACAUUACUCAUCCUGUUUAACAAGAGAAAAAUUUCAUGGCAACUUGCGGUUUAGACGAGACUAUCUUUAGCGUUGUGUCGCCCGUAGUCGUUUAUGUGGAGCCUUCGCUGCAGUUACAAGCAUUACCUCAGCAAGUGUAGGGAAUGUUUUUGUAAGCUUCUCCUCAGUUGUGAUACACAGAUUCUUCACUAGGAUGGUGGAGGGUUUGAUCUCUUGGCGGUGUGUUUGGGUGAAAAGUGGAAUGAAUAACUUUUCGUGAAAUGUGCGUGGUGAUCUUUGGUCUAUUGGAACUUUAUUAUGAGUCUCCCGUGACAACAGAAAAAGUGCUGGCUCAGCGUGCAGGUUUCUCAGUAAACAAAUGGUCUGUGUGUGUGUGUGUGUGUGUUUGUGUGACUCAGAUCUGAGUGCCGUCUCAGUUACUGGUACUGUUUCAGUCCACAUCUGCAGCCUUUAACUCUUUGCUGUCUAAAUGCAAUGCUGUUUGUGUGUUUUGUUUUGUUUUUUUAAUUUGAACCAACCUUUGCUUUUCAUGCCUACAUUUUUUUUCGGUCAGCACCUGUGCUCAUUUGCAGUUUUUUUUCUAAAGACCAAAGACGUCUGCGAUUUUCUGCUGCUCUACUUGAUUUGGUUGUGAAAAUAGAUGUGCUCUCUGGUUUUGUAAUUGAAUCUGUUCUGCUCUGAGGGAAAUGUGAAGAGAGCAUUUUUUUGGGGGGGGGAAACUACAAAAAGAGAGAAAAAAAGACAUUCCACAAAGAAACUAUCAUAGACACCAAAGGCUAAGACAGGUUUUUGGUUAAAGAAAGACAUGCAAGGUGCAAAAAGGAAGAGAGAAAAACCAUUAGCAGAUUGGAUUGUUUUCAUCAUGACUUUCCUCUCAUGUUCCAAAGCUGCAUGAUAAGUUAAAUGCCAGGCAUUUCACGCAGGUGACUGUUUCUUAACAUGGAUGUGUGACUUAGUGAGUUGCAGGAGCUCUGUGCCUAGCUUCUGUCUCUGAAAUAACAGAUGGUGAUUUUCAGUAAGUAAUUUGUCACUUGAUUUAAGGGACGGGGACGUAUAAAUCUUAAUAAAAAGUACUGAUGGUGA